CGUGGCACCGUUUGAUGUGACUGAGCAGUGGUUGUGACAGUCGCAUAUACACUCAGCAGUUAAUUACCUAGAUACUUAGAUUCAUAAUUAUAAGGCACUUGUUGGUUUUGUCAAAAUGAGCAGCACGCGCCCCAGCCGCAGAUCGUUUAGCAUUUGGAGUGGGUUUGUUGCCAUGUUGUGCCUGAAUGAAUUCGCUUUUGACAAGUCGGUGGUAUCGGCUGUUGAAUAUUACACCGAAAAGCCUGCCUUUUUGCCGUCUUGUCGUAUUUAUGAGCCCGGUUUCACCAAAUGCUCUACGAACAGCAUUCAGAAGCUUCUCGACCAGUUGAACAUUGGAAUACCAGAGGUGGUCGAGCGCUUCGGACCCUUCGAUCCCAUGCGAGUCAGGGAUAUAGUCUUUAAACAGGACAACAACGAAGUGGCCACCAUCAGAGCAAAUCUCACAGAGCUGGUGGUUAAAGGCUUUUCCAAAACAAAGGUCAAGGAGAGCCGUGUCAGUAAGAAGGAUUUCGGUUGGCAGACAAAAAUAUUUUUGCCAAAAAUGAGACUUGAUGGCAAAUAUGAAAUGGCUGGUCGUAUACUUCUCAUACCGCUCAGUGGCUCUGGAAAAAUAUUCAUUGAAAUUGACGAUCUUGACAUUUUGCUGCUAACGAAAACCCGUCUUUAUGAAAAGGGCGGCUUCACCUUCGAUAACGUGACCUCCGUCCGUGUCCAAUUGAAUCUGACUAAGGUUCGCACUUACCUGGACAACUUAUUUAAUGGACGCAGUAAGGAAGUCGAACGCAGCACGAAUCAGUUCUUCAACGAAAACUGGCGCGAUUUUUACGAGGCCCUAAAACCGCUGAUUGUUGAGACGGUCGAAAAUAUCCUCUAUGACGUAAUGUCCACUGUUUUCCACCUCAUACCAGCUAACUUUUUCGUAGAGGACAUUCCAACGCCGCAGCAACUCUAUGGUCCAAAAACAGCAGUCGGUAAAAGGAAUAGUUAAGUUCCACUAAUUGAUCAACAGAAAGCCAUUAGAAUUUCUUUAAGUUUUAUGUAUAUUUGUAGUGAUAAUAAAUUGGCUUAGCAAAAUUUUAGUCAAUACCCUUAA